GAUGAAAGUGCCUAAGUGUGGAUAUGCAGGGGAUUGAGGAGGAAUUGAGUAUUUGGUGAAGAGUACACAGGAUAGUGUUUUUAUGGAGGAUUUGUUUGUGUGUGCCAAUUGUUUGAAUUCGAGAUAUCCAGGAGAACAGUUUGUUCAGGUUCCGAAGCCUGAUGAUAUUCUCCAUUGUUUGGAUUCAGUGGAACACAACCUGAUCAAAAUUGAGCAUUUCAAGGAAUGGCAUAAGCUCGAAAAAUUAUGGAGAAAAAUUCUUCCUGAUUUGGAUGAAUACAAGGAUAGACAUCGCCAGCUCAACUGUGACUUAGCAUCUGCAAAGUCUACAAAUAGCUGGGAAAGUUUGCCCUACCUUCACAUCGAAUCUCGGGUACUCCUUCACACUCUAUUCGAGUCGCAAUUAUGGAAAGAAUAUUGUAAGGAACAAACUUGCCGAGAAUUCCGAGAUGCCAAGCACGGAACCAGGAAGAUGUACAGUGCAUCCAAGGUUUGGGUUAAUGGACAAAUGAUGAAACUCAGAGAUAAUAUAGCUAACUCAGAAUAUGGAAGACUCUCCAAAAAAUUUGAACAGACCAGGAAGCAAUGUAAUGACCAAGAAAAUUUGAUUAAAGAACAACAAACAAAGAUUGCCCAACAGAAUAACUCUAGUAUGCUCAAGGAAAUAGAACUUACGAGGAUUAAGGAAGAUCUUCAGCAAAAGAAUGAAAUUAUUAACAAGGAAAAGACAAAAUUUCAAGAGAAAAAAGAGCUUAUUGAGAACCACAAGACCGAAACUGAAGAACUAAAUAAGAAGAUUUUAAUCCAGAACGAGUUGUUAGAUCAAUUAAGUCAAAACAAAAUAAAUUAUGAAAAAGAAAUUGAGCGUCUCACCUACGAAAAUCAGCAGUCCAAAAAGACUCAACUACAACAACUCAAAGAAAUCGAGCAAUUAAAUCAUGAAAUAACCAAAGGAAGAAUCAUAGCCAAGAAGGAAGAAGAUAAAACACAAGAUUUUAAAAAAAAACAACAAAAAGGUUCAGUAUCCUCAGAUGUUAUCAAAUUUGUUCAGGAAACGCAUCAGAAAAUUAAAAAAGAUGGAAAACUUAGUUUUUAUUUUUCUGAUACAAAAUAUGAGCAAUUGCUUGAGCAGCUUAGUAAUGAAAUCAUGCCUCCUCUGAAUGAUCUAAGCUUUUACUUCUUAGACAUGCUCAAGAAUACCCAGGUUUUAACUGAUUUUCUUUCGAACUCAAUUUGUGAAAGCAUUCAAAAGUUUGGUUUAUGCAUGUUCUCACUAUCUUCAGUUACAAAAUACAAGGCUUCUGCCAUUAAAGUCCUUCCUUUAGUUACAAAUGAAGCUUUUCUUGGACCUUUUAUUUUAAAUCAGAAAGAUUUUGAGGAUAUUCUAGUUGCUGCUCAACAUACAAAUAAGAUUCAGUUCCACGAAUGUAAAAUUGAGACAGAUAAAGAAUGUAAAUUUGCUAAAAGGCUUAAUUCUGCUACCUUCCAAAUACUAGAUUUUUGUGGAACUGGAGUACAAGAAAGAAGCUCAUGGAUUGAAGGCAAUCAUAAGAGGUUUUAUAACAUAAUGGCGGGACUGGCAAAGGUUAAGAGCAUUAAAAAUAGAGCAAUUACUCUAAUUGUUCAUGAAGAUGACUUAGAUAUUAAAGAGACAAAGAAGACUAUGGAUGAUCUAGGUUUGGACAAAAUAAGCUUAUUUACCAAACAAGAAGAUCAUAGUGAAUUUGGAGAAGAUCAGUAUUACCAAGAAUUUUAA